GUUGGGGUUUCAGCAUGGGCACGUCCUUUCAGUUCCACAGCUGGCGACUGUUUGUCGUGGUGUGUGCCCUACCGUGCCUCUCUUCCCUGGUUGGCCUUCUGUUCGUGCCAGAAAGCCCACGCUACCUUCUAGAGAUUGGGAAGCAUGAUGAAGCCUGGAUGAUUCUGAAGCAGAUUUAUGAUACGAACAUGAGGGCCAGAGGCCACCCAGAAGCUGUCUUCACGGUUUCCCACAUAAAGACCCCAAUACAAGUGGAUGAAUUCAUCGAGAUUCAGAGUUCAACUGGGACCUGGUUCCAGCGUUGGCUGGUCAGGAUCAUGACUGUGGUGAAGCAGGUUUGGCAGAACAUGUUGCUUUGUUUUACACCAAAGUACAGGAUGACAACGCUGUUCCUCGCAGUGGUUUGGUUCACCUUAUCCUUCAGCUACUACGGUCUGACAGUGUGGUUCCCGGACAUGAUCAAAUACUUUCAAAAUGAAGAGUAUGAAUCCAAACUUAAGACAUUUGAUCAGGAGAGAGUUGAAGACUUCACAUUUAACUUCACACUGGAGAACCAGCUUCAUAGAGAAGGAGAGUACAUCAAUGUCAG